CAAACCAGUUGUAGUGUAAAUGCGCAUAUCACGAGGCCGUCACACACUGCAUGUGAAGUGUUAUAUCACUUGGGAGGCGGUGCCCGACAUUGUGGUUGACAUGUACUGUGUUUGGAUGAUAUCCAUCAGCGCCAAGAUACAUGGAGACCAAGGUGGCAGCCAGGGAGACACCCAUGGACGACCCCACUCCCCUGGAGAAGGAACCUCCGGCCGUUCACCAAGAUGUUAAAGGGGUGCAAGGGGACCAUGUAAACGUAGAUACCGUGAAUGCAGCAGGAGUCGUGAACCAGAACACCACCAUCAUAAGCCAAGUCCAAGACACUAGAGCAUCUCUACAAGAGAGCACCAGCAUUUUAGAAAAAAAAUUGGAGACCCGUCAGAAGGAAUGGGAAGAUAGGUGUUUACAGAUACAGAACCUGCAAGGUGACCUCCUCCAACAGCAACAGAACUAUGCUAAAACAGAGAACACAGCAGAAGCCGAAGGCCAGAUUCGCCGACUGACGAAGGAAAUUGAAAUGAACAAGUCUAUAUUAGCAAUGCUGGAGGACGACAUAUUACCAACACUGAAGGUCCAGAUAGGGCGAGUCCAAGAGCAGCUAGCAGAGUAUGAAAGAACUGACCCAGAAAAGAUGAAAGCCCUAAAGGAACAGAUGCAGACCCUGUCAGAAGAUCUAAAAAAGUAUGGCGCAAACGUAGCAGACGGACGUAAGAAAAUUGAAGAUCUUUUUAAGCAGAUUCAACAGUUGGAAAAAGACAUAUCAGAUAAGAGAAAGCAUCAAGAAGCAAAGAUGCAGCAUGAUGCAGAUGCACUGAGUGAUGUCCAAGCCGAACAAGCAAGACAGAAAAAGCAACUUGAAAAUGGAAAUAGAGCAAUAGAAGAAUUACAGCGAGCGACACAAAAACAAGACGAUGAGAUGAAGAAAAUGAAAUCCGACAAUAUCAAACUCAAAGAUGAAAAGGAAGCAGCUGAGAGAAAGAUAAAGGAAUUUCAGGAACGUGAAGCGACGCAUGUGAAAACCAUCCAAGACUUGACGGAACAAAAACAAAAAGCCUCGACUGAACCGAGUAAUAUCCCGAGCCAGAGCGAGAGCGUUUCACAUUACCAACUGACGACACAAGAGUCUGAUCAACAUGCCUCCAGUGACCAGAGUCGAGUGACAUCGAGUCCGAGCGAAAGAGUUUGGCGGCACCCAGCGAAGAACCAAGCAGCGACUCCAUCACCAGCAGGCUGCAAGGACCUCCAUGUCGCCAGCUGGGCCGGGAACCUGGAGGAGGUGAAGCGGAUCCUGUCUCAGGGCGUGGACGUCGACUGUAGGUGGGGAUGGAGGCAGACACCGGUGAUGAUUGCAGCAUGGUGGGGACAGAGAGACGUGGUGGAGCUCCUGGUGAGUGAAGGGGCCGAUGUGUCACUGGUGGACGGGUACGGUCGCAACACCCUUCACUACGCCUGUAUGAGAGGAGACAUGGAGACGGUGAAGUUUGUGCUGUCUCUGCACGUGGUGGACAUCGACGCCAGGGACAACGACGGGCGGACGGCGGCCGACCUGGCGAGACUCGGGGGACGUACGCGACUGUUGGAUCUCCUCGUGUCCCGCGGCGCUCAGUGACGUCAGUGUCGUGUUUGUGUGGACGGUGGGGGGAGACCUGACAGUGACGUGGUGUGCCGUUCACGUCGUCGUGUGUACAUAUGUCUUUAUUUACGUGAAACUGUUUGUUGUUUUGAGAGAUGAAUAAAACUUGUAAAAACUUUA